AUGCUCCACAAAUGGACCAAAUCAUUAAAUUUUCUCAUCAAAUCCCCAAUUCGUACGCCUCUCAUCUUCUGCAAACUCUCCGUCUCCUCCGCCGCCAAUCUCGCCGUCACCACCACCACCACCACCACCGUCCCUAUUGUCCCAAUCUCUACAGACCCAGUUCACGAGAUUCUCUCUGGCGUUAGGGACUUGGGUUUUAGACAAUUUGUUAGUAGGGAUUACUUCAAAGACCUGUUUUUUAUGUUAAAUCAGUCUCAAAAGGAAACUGUGAUGGAGAAAUUGAGUGUUCAGAAUGCGGAUUUUGUGGUGGAUUUCUUUCAUUUGUUAAGGAAUGAGUUUGGAUUCCAACAUUCGAGGGUUUCAAGGUUUUUGGUUUCCCAUGUUUUGGCGCGAAAGAGAAGGUUUAUGGACUUGCGUUUGGUUUUGGAUCAAAUGCUUCAACUGGAAGGCUCUGGAUCAGCUCCUUUGCUUUGUGAGCUGCUUUUAAGGAGCUUCAACGGUUGGGAUUCGACCAAUGUGGUAUGGGAUAUGUUAGCUUUUGUUUAUUCGAGAUUUGAGAUGGUUCAUGAUGCUCUAUUUGUUAUUGUGAAGAUGAAAGAACAUAAAUUGCAACCAUCGAUAUAUACAUACAAUAGUUUGUUGCACAACUUCAGACACACCGAUAUUAUGUGGGAGGCCUACAAUGAUAUCAAAGACAGUGGCACUCCUCAGAAUGCUCAAACUACUUCCAUAAUUGUAGAUGGGCUAUGCAGGCAGUCUAGAUUUCUAGAUGCAGUUUUGUUCUUGCAGGAGAAUGAUGGGAAGGAGUUUGCACCUUCUGUUGUUUCUUUUAAUACCAUCAUGUCGAGGUACUGUGAAUUGGGUUUUGCUGAUGUUGCAAAAUCAUUUUUCUGUAUGAUGCUCAAAUAUGGAUUACGUCCCGACACAUACAGUUAUAAUAUUCUUAUUCAUGGGUUGUGUGUAGCUGGUUCCAUGGAAGAAGCUUUGGAGCUCGCGAAUGACAUGGAGAAGCAGGGGGUACAGCCUGAUAUAAUAACUUACAAAAUUGUUGCCAAAGGUUUCCAUCUGCUUGGUUUGAUGAGUGGGGCUCGGGAGAUUAUUCAGACAAUUUUAACUGAUGAAGGGCUAAGGCCAGAUCUUGUCACCUAUACAAUACUAAUAUGCGGGCAUUGCCAAAUGGGAAAUGUUGAGGAAGCAUUAAAGCUGAGAAGGGAGAUGCUUUCGAGUGGUUUUCAGUUGAAUGUCAUUUUAUACAGUGUGUUGCUCAGCAGCUUGUGUAAACGUGGACAAGUUGAUGAAGCAUUGCAAUUGCUUUAUGAAAUGGAAGCCAACAGCUUGCAACCAGAUCUUGUUACGUACUCUAUCGUCAUUCGUGGCCUCUGCAAGCAAGGAAAAGUCCAACAGGCCAUACAACUAUAUAACGAAAUGCGCUUCAACAGAAUCUAUCCAAAUUCUUUUGCCCAUAGCAGUAUUCUGAAGGGUUUUUGUGAGAAAGGGAUGAUAUCAGAGGCCAGGAUGUAUUUUGGCUCUCUUAUAAUGAGUAACUUGAAGCCUGAUAUCAUUCUGUAUAAUAUCAUGAUCGAUGGGUAUGUAAAACUUGGUUAUGUUGAAGAGGCUGUCCGAUUAUUCAAGAAGUUAGCUGACAAAGCAAUAACUCCUACUAUAGUAACUUUUAAUACUCUUAUUUAUGGAUUCUGCAAAAACAGAAGGAUUGUUGAGGCUAGAAGGUUGUUGGAUACAAUAAAGCAGCAUGGAUUGGAACCAAGUGCAGUAACAUAUACCACUCUUAUGAAUGCAUACUGUGAAGAGGGUAAUAUAAACAACUUGCACGAAUUGCUGCUUGAGAUGAAUUUAAACAACAUAGAACCUACUCAUGUCACUUACACCGUGGUAAUCAAAGGACUGUGCAAACGAUGGAAAUUAGAAGAAUCUGUACAAUUACUAGAGGAUAUGCGUGGUAAAGGACUAGCUCCUGAUCAAAUCACAUACAAUACGAUCAUUCAGUGUUUCUGCAAGGCUAAAGACAUGAGAAAAGCAUUUGAAUUACUUGAUGAUAUGUUGCUUCAUAACCUAGAGCCUAGUCCUGUUACGUAUAAUCUUCUCAUUGAUGGUCUUUGUCGAUAUGGUGACGUAAAGGGUGCUGACCAUGUACUGGUUUCUCUUCAGGAGCGAAAUAUUAAUUUGACAAAAGUUGCUUACACCACAAUAAUCAAAGCACAUUGUGUCAAGGGUGAUGCGCACAGAGCAGUGGAUGUCUUCCAUCAAAUGGUGGAGAAGGGGUUUGAAGUAUCAAUCAACGAUUAUAGUGCUGUUGUUAAUAGAUUUUGCAAGAGGUGUCUAACGAGUGAAGCCAAGUACUUUUUCUCCAUUAUGUUAUCUUAUGGUGUUUCCCCUGAUCAAGAAAUAUUUGAAAUGAUGCUUAAUGCCUUACACAGAGCUGGCCAUGUCCAUUCGGUGUUCGAACUACUUGCUGUGAUGAUCAAAUUUGGGUUCCCUAGCCUCCUCCUCUUCAAGAUCUUGACAGAAAGUUCACUGCUAGCUAUGUCUCAAUAUGAGAGAGUGGAAAAGGUAACUGCAUCAUCAAGAUUCACAAAGGAGUCAAAAUCGCAAAAAGAGAUAUACGUUCUACUUUUCUCCAUCUGUGACAAUGCUAAGAACACCAAGCUUGUACCAGCCUUAUAUAUAUUUGGUGAUUCCACUGUAGAUGCAGGAAACAACAAUAAUCUUUCAACAAAAGCCAAAGCAAAUUCUCUUCCUUAUGGCAUUGACUUCAAUCGUACUACAAAUGGUCGUUUCACUAAUGGCAUGAUUGUUCCAGAUUAUUUUGCUAGAUUUCUCGGUUUACCUUUUGCACCUCCUUAUAUGAAUCUUUCUGGAGUUGAGAGGCAUAAGACAACUACCGGAUUGAAUUUCGCAUCUGCCUCCUGUGGUAUCCUGCCGGAAACUAGACCUCUUAAGGGAUCCUGCUUGACUUUAGACGACCAGACAGAACUAUUCAAAAGGACUGCAAAGACUUUGGAAGUGCAGAACAUCCAAAUGCAUUUGGCCAAAUCCAUCUUCAUCAUCUCCGUUGGUUCCAAUGACUACAUCAUGAAUUAUCUUAACACUGCAUCUAAAACGAAGAAGCUUUUCUCACCAGAUUAUUUUGCCAAAUUCCUUUCAGAUGAACUUGUCAAACGCUUGAAGAGACUUUAUUUGAUAGGAGCUAGAAAGUUUAUGGUGAGUGGCCUUGGACCAUUAGGAUGCAUCCCAGCAAUUGCCAGGUCAACUCCACAUGAAGGAGACUGUGUUGAAUCAAUCAACCAGGCUGUGCUUUCCUACAACAAGGAGCUCUCCAUGAAGCUACAAAAGUUGCAGUCUCAACUCCAUGGCUCUUUCUUCAUACAUUCCGACACUUUCAAGUUUUUACAAGAAUUGAAGGAAAAUAAAGAAAAAUAUGGUAUAACAGAUACACAAAAUGCUUGCUGGGAUGGAGAACAUGAUCCAUGCCCAGUGAGGGACAGAUAUAUCUAUUUUGAUUCAAUUCACCCAUCUCAGAUUACUAAUUCUAUCUAUGCAAGUCGCUGUUUUAACGAAUCAUCAAUAUGCACUCCCAUGAAUAUCAUGCGACUUGUGUUAGCCUGA